UCGCCAUCAGUUCGAUAUUCCUCAUGUUUCGUUUUGUUAGUAGCGUUCUUACAAUAUUUCAAGCGGGCUCUUAUCUCGAGCGCUCGAGCGAAGAUUGUCGAAGAAAGUGCGAUAAAUAAACGACUGCACUGAUACGUAGUUCUUCCAACGUGUUAUAAAGAGGGCGAUCGCGCCAACUACAACUCAAUCGGCAAAAGUUCAUCGAGCUUCAUCCCGAGCUCUGACCGCUGUUUUUUUUUUUUUUUCUCCAUUCUUCGUCGUCUGCGACACGUCAUCUUCGAGAGAUCGCCGUUCCCGACGACUAAACGACAAACGAUCGGAAAAAAUGGGAUUCUCUUAGCAUCGAUCGAACCGUUUAGCGUUCGCUGAAUAAACGCGCAUCUCGAUUCGGAGGUCUUCUCAGCUGCUAUCAGCGUUAUUAACCUAAUCCGUCAAAAUAAGACGCGCGAAAACUAUUUACGGGAGUGCGACGGCAGUGUUUUAUGAUUCGUUUACUACGGUUGUCCAGCCCAGUUAUGUUCUCGAUCAAGUACAGCAAGCAAUUUCUCAGCUAUCGUAUACUCAAGUCCAACCGGUUCAAGUAUAUUUGACGAUACGGACUCGGACUAAAUAGAGGGUGCGCGCAAGGUGGUGUGUGUGUAUCGUAUCGCGAAACGGCUUGUCGUACCUACGGUGCUCAGGAAGGCAGAGAGGGUCGUGUCCCAGCAAGACCUGGAAAGUCUUGUAUUCAAGUCCAAUGGCCGGAUCGCUUUUUACAGCGACGCGAGCUUGAGGAAGUACGUCGACGGCAACGGCGACGACGACCGCGACGACGUGACAGACCCGGUGCCAUCGAAAAUCGCUAGUGAGGCGAAUCUUUCGAGGGCAAGGGGUGAUACGAGUUUGAGGAAAAAAAAAUUAUUGCGAAAGAAAUUGAAUCGAUAACAACGUACGAUCUCCAUUACCGAGGAGAGAUUUUUAUCAAAAACAGAGCAUUAAAAUUUGAAAAAACGAACGUGUGCGAAGGAAACACAAAAGCAGAAAAAAAUCCAGUUGAUAGCAAAUCAUUUUGUCGAUAGAAAAUCUUGAGGAAGAUAAUUAAAAUUGACAAUCAAGAUUAAAAUUUUUUCAAACCGGCUUAUAAAUAAAAAAGUGGCCAUAAUAGCUAACAAUUUUCUUGUUAAGAUAACUUUCAAACAGAUAACUCAAUAAAGAUAUCGAGAAAAUAGUCAUUAACGGUGUGUAUUGUGAGUAUACGAGAAAUUGCGGAGGCUUUGAGCGAAUUUAUCUAGAGUAACGACAUUGGUGGAUGCGCUUAUACAUCAACUCGUGAAAGAUCAUUAGAGCGGCAGGAUCAGAAUAAGAAAGCGAGAUCACGCGGAAAUUCCUUCGAGAGGAACAGAGACUGUAAUUUUUCACGGCAAUUACACAUAUACACUCUUAAGUAAAUACGCACGCAUAAUCGAGUCUACAUAAAACGCGAAUUAAAGGGCAAUCACUAAUUAAAGCGACGAUCGAGCGAAAUCUGCACGUCUUUGGCGAAUAAAAUCGCGGAAGGAGAUGAUUAAAAAAAUGAUUGUUUACGUCCCGGGCAGAAUGCCAACUCACGUUGGUCCCUACGGCGCCGCUCGUUACCCGGGCACCCUGCUAGGAACUGCCCCGGGUUUUUACAGCUCGGUUUCCGGCUAUACCACCAGCCCGGGUCCGAGCUAUUACGGGAGCCUCAACGUCCAGCAUCAACCAGGUCCGCUGGAUCUUCCGAUUUGGCCGCGAAGGAUGCCGGCCGAGGAGGAACUGGGGGCCUCACCGGCCGCCGGGGUGUCCCCGGCUACCCUUGGCAACGGUGGUCCCCCGAGUCCGGCACACAGCGACUCGGACGCGUCCAGCUCGAGCUUGGAACUCGGUACCAUCAGGACCGGCGAGAACGCCCAAUUAAAGUGCAGAUGGCAUGAUUGUGGUCGAUGGUUCACAUCCCUGGAACAACUUGCAGGACACGUUGCAAGGUUGCACGCUGCACCUGGUCCGCGGGGUCUCUUUUACUGUGGGUGGGAAGGAUGCGCGAGAGGCGAGCGUGGGUUUAAUGCGAGGUAUAAGAUGCUGGUCCACGUACGCACACACACGAACGAGAAGCCGCACCAUUGCUUCCAGUGCGAUAAGAGUUUCAGCAGAGCGGAGAACCUGAAGAUCCACGCGCGUUCUCAUACCGGCGAGCGUCCUUACGUCUGCCCCGUCGAAGGUUGUAAUAAAGCCUAUUCAAACUCCUCGGAUAGAUUUAAACACACUAGAACUCAUGCCGUGGAUAAGCCAUACUGCUGUAAGGUUCCGGGUUGCUCGAAGAGGUACACCGAUCCAUCGUCGUUGAGAAAGCAUGUCAAAACUUAUCGCCAUUAUGUAAACAACAAUGAUAAGGUUCAAGAGAAGAGUUUUGAUGAUAGCAAUGUUCAAGAGAAAACCAGAUUUGACGUGAAUUCGCCUGAUAAACAGAGUAGCAGUACGUAUUCCGAGUCAGAUAAGAAAAAUUCGAGCAUCGAGAGCAGCAUAUCGGGUUCCAGUCCUAAGGCUAGCAACAGCUUUGAAGAACAGAAGAGUUUCGUCGAGUGGAACAACAUGUAUAAUCUCCAGGAACAGCGAAAAGAACAGGAACAAAUGACUCCACCAAAACCGUACGAGCAAGACGUGAAGAUCUAUCCAAGGAUGUACGAUGACAGUUAUACUAUACCAGAUAGAAUCCAAGUCAAUCCCAUGUACGCUUCCGGUAGCACCAUCAUCAAGGACUGCCCCGUGGUAUCAUCGCCUCACACAAGCCCCGGCCGAGUAUCUGAUCUAACGCCACGCAUCGGGAUGCAAUCGACGCCCAUCAAGACCGAGGAACCCAUGGAGUGUAGCGUCACUAAAACUUCUACGGUCGACUACAGGAACAUUGAGUCAAUUGUCAAUAGCACACCCUGCAAAAAGGAAAAUACAAUCAACUCUGAUCCGGUAAGACACUCGGUGAUCAAGCGGGCGGAGGAUCUGAAGAUGGAGAUAGAGCAGACGCCUCUCAAGGAGGAACUCAAGGACGCCGCCGAUUGUUGCUGCCGGCACAAGUGCUGCGUACACAGCAACGACAGCAUCCUCCGGAAAACGAAAAUUCUCUCGGAUCUUAUUCUCAAGACACAGAACCCGGUCUUUCGACACCUGCUGGAUUCGAUGGAGUUGCGAUACGGGUUGGAGAACGUUUGGGGCAACAUCAUGGACACCGCCAAUACAUGCGGUCAGGAUCUCAGAGUGAAGAACGAGAACGUCGCCGAGAUGGAGCAAGAUCUGCCAUUAGAUUUGACGAUCAAUAAAUAAUGAACGAUCGAUUGACAACGUACCAAAAAGCUCAUAGUCGUCAGUGUUAUGAAUUAUCUUCAUUAUAUACGCGACAAAAUACGAAUUAAUUGACAUGUCGUAAAUUUUACAGAAACAACAAAUCGAUGUCGUGAUAAUUCAAUCGACAAAAAAUGAAAUUAAUCCAUCUUUGAAAUGAAAAUUGUUUCGAUCAGACUGCGAAACCAAAUAUAAUUAUAAUACUUUGUUUAAUGCUUGUGUCUAAUACUUAGUAUUUAAUAUUAUAUAAUGAGAAUUGAUCAGAUGAAAGCAGUCAAAGAUCGAAUAAGAAUUUGCUCAAACCAUUUAAGCAGCUGUCUAGAAAUGAUUGUAAUAAUCGAAAUAUUAAUCAGAAAUAAUCAGAUCCUUAAUCAUUUUAAUCGAUAUCUUAAAGAUGAUAUUCCCAGUUUGUCAAAAGUUAGGCAGUAUACUAUAAUAUUGUAUAGGUAACUGAUUUAAUAAUGAAAGAUAAACUGGUUAUAUGGCUGUAAAUAUAUUUGAGACACACAGAGAAAAAUGCGAAAUAAUUCGCUCCAUUCGAUAAUUCGCUCGUUAAGAUUGGAAUCUAAAAGUUAUGUUUUUCUUAUAUAAUAUAAAACCCUUAUAUAAAACAAAUCAUAUCUCAACACUUUAUGUAAACAAAAUGUAUGUGUAUCAUAUGUAUAUAGAAAUUUAUAUGUAUGUGUAUGGAGAGUCACACAUACAUAAUUAAAAAGUGAAAUGAAUCUGGAAGGAAAGUGCCUUUCCUCUGCUAUAAAAGCAGUACAUGUUUAUGAUGUGAAUUAUUUCAAUAAAAAAAUACAUUAUUUAUGUAUUAUAUAAA